AUGGUGGUAACAACAAAGAAAAAUGUUAGUUUAAGUCAAGGUCCUGACCCCAAAUCCUCGCUCCAGCUGGAGAGAGCCAAACAAAAGUUUGACCCUCAAGAAAUGCAAUACUUUUUAGAAGGUUCAAAAGAAAAUGCCGAGUUGAUCAAAUCCUUGACUCAGCAAAUGGAAAGAGAUCCUAUUUUGUGGACCGAUGGUUCUUACUACGAUUUGACCAAGGAAGAACUUAGAAAGUUCACUGCCGUCAAAAUCAACAGAGUUUCUAGAUACUUGGAAUUUGACUCUAUCCAGGUGUUCAAUAGAAGAUUGUCUUUGCUCGGUGUUUUCGACCCUGCUGUUUGUACGAGAAUCGGUGUCAAUUUGGGUUUGUUCAUCUCGUGUAUCAGAGGUAACGGUACUUAUGACCAAUUGAAAUACUGGGCCUUGGAUAAGGAAACUGCUCAAAUUAAAGGUAUAUACGGUUGUUUUGGUAUGACUGAAUUGGCUCACGGUUCUAAUGUCAUGGGUAUCGAAACUACGGCUACUUUUGACAAGGAUAAUGACGAAUUCAUCAUUAAUACUCCACACAUUGGUGCUACAAAAUGGUGGAUUGGUGGUGCUGCUCACUCCUCAACUCAUUGUGCUGUUUACGCAAGAUUGAUUGUCGAUGGCGAAGACUAUGGUGUAAAGACCUUUAUCGUUCCAUUGAGAGACUCAAACCAUGAUUUAAUGCCAGGUAUCUCCGUUGGUGAUAUUGGUGCUAAAAUGGGUAGAGAUGGUAUCGAUAAUGGUUGGAUCCAGUUUUCUUCGGUGAGAAUUCCAAGAUUCUUUAUGUUGCAGAAAUUCUGUAAAGUUUCCAGAACAGGUGAUGUUAUAUUGCCACCAUUGGAACAAUUGUCAUACUCGGCCUUGUUGGGCGGAAGAGUUAUGAUGGUGUUGGACUCUUAUAGAAUGUUGGCUAGAGUAUCAACCAUUGCUUUAAGAUAUGCUAUCGGUAGAAGACAAUUCAAAGGUGACAAUGUCGACCCUGAUGAUGAAGAGGCUUUGGAAACUCAAUUGAUUGAUUACCCAUUACAUCAAAAGAGAUUGUUCCCAUACUUGGCAGCAGCCUAUAUUGUUUCUGCAGGUGCCUUGAAGAUUGAAGAAACCAUCCAAGACACCUUGUUGGUGUUGGACGAUGCUGUUGAUGAUAACGACGAAGAAGGUAUAAUGAAGGCUAUCGAUGCUAUGAAGUCUUUAUUCAUUGACUCUGGUUCAUUGAAAUCCACAUGCACUUGGUUAGCUGCUGAAGCAAUUGACGAGUGUAGACAAUCUUGUGGUGGUCAUGGUUAUUCAGCUUAUAACGGUUUCGGUAAAGCUUAUAACGAUUGGGUUGUCCAGUGUACUUGGGAAGGUGACAACAAUGUCUUGGGUAUCAAUAUUGGUAAACCAUUGGUUAAGCACGUUAUGGCUAUUGAAGAUGACGGUAAAGUUGUUAAGGGAUCAUCUGAUUUCUUGAACCAAUUGAAGCAAUAUACUGGUAAAAACUUGGAAACACCUGUUUUGGACAAUGCAAGUGAUAUCCAAGAUGUCAAGAAACUUAUCAAGGCAAUUGAAGUUGCUAUCAUCAGAUCUUGUUAUGUAACCGGUAAAACUGUUAGAGAAAAAUCAUUUGAUUACGUUGGCGCUGAAUUGGUUACCAUCUCCAAACUUAAAGCACACCACUAUUUGUUGUCUGAAUUCAUUAGAAGAGUCGAGAUCUUUGACCAAGCAGAUAAGAAACCAUACUUGUACACUUUGGCUAGAUUGUAUGGUGCAACCAUUGUAUUGGAUAAAUACGCAGGAACCUUUUUGGCAUAUAGCAUCAUCUCACCAAAGGCUGUUGCAGAUUUGAGAAGCGUUGUUAUUCCAAAAUUAUGUUCAGAAGUUCGUCCAAAUGUUGUUGCUCUUACUGACUCCUUCCAACAAUCAGACAUGAUGAUUAAUGCUCCAAUUGGUAAGUAUGAUGGUGAUAUCUACGAAAACUACUUUGACCUUGUCAAGAGUUUGAAUUCGCCUGCAAACCACAAGGCACCAUAUUCUGCUGCUCUUGAAGGAAUGUUGAACAGACCUUCAUUGACAGAAAGAGAAAGAUUUGAGAAGACUCUCGAAGCUGGUGAAAUUUUAUCAAAGUAA